CUUCACCGAAACAUCAGACUCAAUGGACUACCCAGACACGCCAAACUCGACCGGGUCAACAAUCAUACUCGAUAAUUUUACCCCACCACUCCUCCAAUUGCCCACCAGGCCGUCCACCGAAGAACCAGGCAGUAUCGGACACGCAAAGCACAUCAUCAGAGACAUACUCCAACUCCCACUAGCCAGAGCCGAAAAGUGUCCCUUGCUCGACCCUCACGGCUCCACGGUAUCAUAUCUAGUCGAGCUUCACAGCCCCAUUCCACAUGCUGGCCUCGCACCCGUACAAUUCGGCACCGUACGCACCCCGAUCGACACCCAUCGCCUGAUUGUCCAAUUCAAAGGCUCAAACCGGCAAAACCCCAUGUCCGAUGCCUUCUGGGCGCGCAACAAAGUAGCAGCCAUGAAACUAGCUCGCGAGAUCCUUCACAACACUCCAUUCGAUAUCGCCGUUCCCGAUGUCUACGCCUGGUCAGAUGGAGCUGGUCAGCCCGGCGACAAGGCAUGGGUUGUUCAGAGUGCUACUCGUAAGUGGGAACCGCUUGCGCAGCACUUCAGGCGCAACGAACAAGAUCAGGAGUUCGUACUUGAUCAGAUUGCUGAACUACAGGGAUAUUUUCAGGAGUAUAAGAUGCCACGCCCGGCACAAGGGUAUGGAAGUUUCGGCUUUGAUUCCGCUGGCCAGGUUUGUGUCGCACCGAUGGAGAAUCCGAACAUCGGGGGUCCUUUCACCUCGAUCCGUGAUAUGAUGCGUGCGGAGUACAUGUUCGAGCUCAGCAGAUGCGAGCAACACGGCACGAUUCGAGGAUGGUCCGACAAGCCCGAACUGAAAAGAAAACUCGAUGAAUUCACGACCACAGGAUUGGAAAAACUGCUGAACAAAAUACCCGACGUCAAGCCACAAUUCACACUCAACAAAAUCGAACUCAGCAACUUCAUGUGCGACUUGUUCUUGGAAAGCCGAAUAAUCUACAUCGUAGACUUCAGCUACGCAACCAUCUCCCACCCUUUAACGGAGUUCUUCAACUCCUAUCACAGCAUGUUCGGAAACCUCCCUCUCCCUCUCGAUCCCGACUGGGGCCUUCUCUACCGCUCUGUCCUCGAGGGAUUCGAAAAGGAAUCUGUGGACGUGGAUCUCCGCGAACUAGAUAAUCCCGCCUGUGCCAGGAGGGUUAAAGAUCCGGAAUUUAGCUAUGCCAUGGGAAGAGACUUAUAUGCCGCUUUUAAGAGAGCUGGGAUAGCGACGCCGAGGAAAAUGCGCGUGGCGAGGAUAAUGGCGACGUUUAGGGGGUUGUGUGCUGCUGUGGGUGGGCGGGACUUGUUUCAGUGGGCGCCUGAUAUGUUUGCCAAACAGGAGAUUGAGGAGGGGACGGAGGUGUUGGGGAAGUAUUUGAGUUUUAUGGAACGGUUGGUUGACUGA